UGGACAGUUGAGAAAUACCCUGUGACGCCGUGCAUCUUGCCGAAGAGACGGGGAUACUGCCGCAUCCGAAUGAACCUCGCCUAUCGCUGCGGUCGGGAAAGGAACAUAACAAAGGCAAAACAUCGGCCACUUAACCAAACGUGGCUUAAAAUACUCGGAUAAUGACAGAGACUACUAAAACGCACGUUAUUCUGCUGUCAUGCGGAAGUUUUAACCCAAUCACUAAAGGACAUAUUCAUAUGUUUGAGAAAGCCAGAGAGCAUCUUCACAAGACUGGGCGUUUUAUAGUGAUUGGUGGAAUUAUUUCUCCAGUUCAUGACUCCUAUGGAAAACCGGGUCUGGUCCCCAGCAGACAUCGUCUUACCAUGUGUCAGCUGGCAGUUCAGUCUUCUGAUUGGAUCAGGGUGGACCCCUGGGAGUGUUACCAGGACAAAUGGCAAACUACCUGCAGUGUGCUGGAACACCACCGAGACCUCAUGAAGAGAGUGACAGGGUGUAUUCUCUCCAAUGUGAACACACCCUCUACAACCCCUGUGAUUGGCCAGCCGCAGAAUGAGACCUCAACCAUCUACCAGAAUCGUAACACAGCUAACAAACCCACAGUUGUUAAACUGUGGGGAAAGAUGAGUGAAAGCUUUGGCAAAAUCUGUUGUGUUCGCCCAAACAUGGACCGUUUCACCUUUGUGGAUGAGAAUGCCAACCUGGGGACUGCCAUGAGAUAUGAGGAAAUUGAGCUGCGUAUCCUUCUCCUGUGUGGAAGUGAUUUGCUGGAGUCCUUCUGCAUCCCGGGCCUGUGGAAAGAGAGUGAUAUGGAGGUGAUUGUGGGAGACUUUGGGAUAGUGGUGGUGCCUCGGGAUGGAACUGACACAGAGAGGAUAAUGAAUCAUUCGUCUGUCCUGCGCAAGCAUAAGGACAACAUACUUGUGGUAAAAGAUGACAUCAACCACCCGAUGUCCAUUGUCAGUUCGACCAAAAGCAGACUGGCCCUCCAGCAUGGUGAUGGCCACGUGGUGGACUACCUCUGCCAGCCCGUCAUCGACUACAUCCUGCAGAGUCAGCUCUACAUCAACGCCUCAGGAUAGGAGGGGUGCAGCAGCAUCCAUCCCAGCCGUAGUUCUCGUCUGUCUCUGUGUGUCCGUCUUACAGUAUACUCCUCCUGCGCUGUCGCUUUUCCAUAUAGAGGAGCAUUAAGUAUCCAUGUGCUUUUCUUACUGUCUCAUAGUGACUCACUGGGCCUGAGAGUGUACAGUAUUGUGCCUGAGAGCUCUGUUUAUAUGGACUUCUUCCACCAAUAGGAUUCUUUGGACUGUGAUCGGGGAAGGGGCCAAUGGGCGAGACAGAGAGAGGGGGGAUGGGGACAGUAAGCGAUUGGUCAUGUGGCAAGAAAGUGAGAAGGAGAAAUGAAACAUUACCUGCUGUAAUGUUGGGCUCUGCUGUUUAAUUUCCUAUUGACACUUUCCUCAAGUGCAUGCAUGGAUUUUUUAUUUUAUUUUGCGCAUGAGAUCUUCUCCUUGCUUAUGUAGACUGUAGUCUGUUGUGGCAGUGUGUGCUGAGGAGCUAUAUAUUUGCAUAGACGCAUUCCAUCUCUGUCCCCAUUUUCUAUUAUCUACCGUCAUUGUAUAUAGGAAAACUGGAUUGCUGUUGUGUUGCUGUUGCACACUUACGACUGCAGUGCUCUGUCUGCAGUGUGCCGUCAUGCAUACAUGUACAUUGUUUUGCACACUUCUGUACACGUCUUUCUCUUUAUGAAAAUAUCAUUUCACACAGUG